AUGGGGUUUCACGUCCGUUUUGGAGUAGCAGAAGAAGACUUGUUUGACGGCAUCAUUUUGUUCGAAAGUAAGCUCAGUAUUACUGAGGCUGCGUUAGGUCAAGUGGAACGAUAUACUCAGAAUUCAGGCUUGACGGCUAGUCCUGUGGGAAAGAUCAUUGAAACCCCUGAAGGUGCGGCAUUUUUGUUGUCACCUGUGGGGAAACCUCUGCCUCGACCAACAACACGACCUGAAGUACUAAGCCUUUUUAAAUUAUCGAGGCAACUACACAAGAAUGGUCUGGUCCAUGGAGAUCCUCGCGUGCCGAAUGUAAUUCUUGACGGAGAAAAGCUUCUCUGGAUUGAUCUUGUAAAAGUAAUGGAAGCAAGCCCAACUUUGAAACAAAUUGAUGCUGGUAUUCUCACACGAUCCAUCCUCAGUGUUUCUCUGACCACUAUGCUGGACCCGGUGCUGAUGAAGUCAAUUGACUAG